AGUCAUAGCCCAAUCGGUUCUCUCCCACUUUUGUCGAUCACUCGGCCAGUCCUGUCUCCAGACUCCUCCACUCUCCCUUCUUCACUUCUUGCUCUCGGCUGUGUUGCUCGUCUAUAGCUCGUCUCCAGAUUUUAGUCAGCGUGUUGUGCUCUUACUUGGCCGUGUUCGAUUGGUCGCUUGUCUCUGUCUCGGUCGUUUGUUCUCCGUUCGCGUGUGCGUAUGCUUCAACCUUUUGUGAACUUCAAGGAGAUUCAUCACAGGCCAUUUGGACUUGGAGGAUUUAAUUACAAUUCUUACGUGGCAGAACUUGGGCAAAAAUGAGUAGUUCUGCCGGACCCUCAUCAAAACCAAGAGCUGGAUCCUCACAACCCUCAGAAACUUCGUCUAAACGCAAAAGAGGAGUUUUCCAAAAGGAAUUGCAGCACAUGAUGUAUGGUUUUGGAGAUGAUCCGAAUCCACUGCCUGAAAGUGUAGCACUUAUGGAGGAUAUCGUUGUGGAAUAUGUUACAGAACUGGUACACAAAGCCCAGGAUAUUGGAUCGCAGAGAGGAAAGUUGUCAGUUGAGGAUUUCCUGUAUUUGAUUCGCAAGGACUUGCCAAAACUUAACCGCUGUACGGAACUGCUGUCUAUGAAUGAAGAACUGAAACAAGCGAGAAAGGUUUUUGAAUCAGAUGAAGAGAAGCUGAGGAAGGUUUUCGAGGCAGACGAACCUGAAUGAUAAGAUUUGUUUAAAGCAUGCCGCAUGCUCCCUUCAAUCUUUUAUACAAGUCACUUUUAAUUUCCUCAUCGAACCAACGAGGUAAUUAAAUUGUUGAUGUUAUAUGAAAAGAAAUUUUUAUUUUCAAUUUGUCCUUAUUAAAUGUAUUAUCUUCAUAAACAAUUAUCUCAUUUGUAAUCUUUUAUUCUAUUUGUAGAAAAUUGUGAAAGGAUAAAAUUAGAAGAAAGUAAUUGAUUAUCUAGUUUAUUCAAAA